AUGCUUGCAGCGCGCGCAGCGGCGCUUCCGCCCUCGGCGGCACUUCCUCGACUGCGGUCGCAGCCUGAUGCGGCGCGGUUAGAGGAGGUGCUGGGGUAUUUGGAGUGUUUGUACGCUCCGUCGCUCACCUUAUCGAUGGACGAGUCCUUGGAUCCAAUGCGUGCGGACGUAACUGAGCGGCAGUAUGCGAUGAAUUGGCUUGCGCGUAUUGUCGGCGAGGGAGCGGCGUGGGUUGUCGAUGGAGAGCAAGAACGAGCGAUAUUGGAGCGCAGCGCUGCGAUUCUCACCGCGUCAUCUUCUGGACUGGAUACGGCGGAGCUCGUGCGCGAAUUUGCGUUUCCAUUGGGCGCGACGCCGACACUCAAGCUCACGGUGCGCGAUGCACCGCUUCCGCCGUCCUCGAUUGAGAGUGUGCAUGGUGCUGCCGAGGCAGCAGCGGCGGUUGGCAUGCAGACGUAUGGAAGCUCUGUGAUUAUGAGCGACUGGCUCGUUCGCAACCGAUCCUUCUUUCAUGCCUCCCCUGAAGUUGUGUCUCCAUUCACUGUCGUGGAGCUUGGCGCUGGUACGGGCAUUGUUGGAAUGGUCGCCGCGAGUGUAUUUUCGAGCACGCUGCACCCCACCAACGUGUACAUUACCGACUACCACGCCAGCGUGAUGAAAAAUUUGCAGCACAAUGUCGAUGCCUACUUGAACGCAGCGUCGGGAGAGUGCGAGCAUGUAAAGGUGGUAUGCGAGCCGCUCGACUGGCGCGCACUGCACAUGCUUUUGCACCCCGGCGACGAUGCCGGCGUGGCAUGCCGUAUUCCACCGCCGCAGAGCGCCUCGUUAUUGCUCGCGGCGGAUGUCGUGUACGAUCCAAGACACGCUACAUGGGUGCUAUCCGCGAUUGCACACCUGCUCCGCCAGCCAGACACAGAUCCAGACGCACGCGCACACAUCCUCGUGCCUAUACGCAACGCAGGACGGCUAGCCGGUCUCCACGCAACCAUCGACACGGCCAUCGCAGCAUGCCAAGCAGCGCCGCGCCAUGGGUUCGUGCUUCAUGCGUACUUCCAGCAGCAGAUACCUAAGCGCCGCGGCUUGGGACGCCACGACGAGAGUGGAUAUAUAUGGACUGUGGUAGGGUGGAAGAGUACAUAA